AUGGCGACGACUGGGGCCAGGGACACCUGUGACAGCCUUUUUGGGCCUAUAGUCAGUCACAAUAGUUGUCGUGGGGGGUUCGACUUUACAGUCCUAUUCGAAGCUUGGAUAUUCAACAUUACUCCAGCAGCCUGUUUUCUCCUGCUGUUACCUAUUCGCCUGUUUCAGUUAUCUAGAGAGUCUAUCAAAGUAAAAACCUCUUCGGUUCAUUUGGCGACGCUGGCCAUCGCGACAGCAUUGGCAGGGAUUCAAGUUGUGCUGCUUGUAUUUAGUGCGACUCAAUACUACCCCGAACAGCAUGUGUCACUUGCGGGUGCUACCCUCAGCCUUAUAGCGGCACUUUCUAUUGUUGUUCUGCUUUAUUUGGAGCAUAGCCGAGCUGUUCGACCUUCAUUCCUCGUCUCUGCAUAUCUGUUUAUUACCUUGCUUCUAGACAUUGCGCGAGUACGUACCGCCUGGCUGUUACCAUAUGGUAGAGCAUACCCGGCCUGCCUCACCGCGUCUCUGGUCACCGAGUUGCUCCUCCUGGUACUAGCGAAUGUUGAGAAACGCAAAUGGUUGUUGCCGGCCGAAAAAACUCAGUCUACUGAGAGUACAAGUGGGCUCUUUAGUCGCGGAUCGUUUGCCUGGCUCAAUGAAUUGUUGAGAAAAGGACACUCCUUGUUGCUCACGGGCGAUGCGCUACCUAAUAUCCACGAGAAGCUAUCGUCUAGUGAUUUGUCCGAUCGAUUUGCGAAGUCAUGGGCAUUAUGUGACCAGAGUCGUCAACAUGCGUUGCUGCUGGCUAUCGUGAAUUGCCUUCGCUGGGACAUUGCUGCUAUCGCAUUGCCUCGACUCGCCCUGAUAGGGUUGAAAAUAGCGCAGCCAUUUCUAGUUGGCAAAACCGUUUCAUUCCUCGAUCAGCCUGAAUCUCCGUUGAAUAUUGGUUAUGGGUUGAUAGGAGCCAUCGCUAUCGUCUUUAUUGGAAUUGCUGUUACUACGGCAUCUUAUGAGCAUCUAGGAUUCCGUGCUACGACUAUGGUUCGUGGUGGCCUCAUGGCGCUUGUCUAUCAGCACAUGAUGGAGUUACCCCUGGGGAGUACUGAUGAGUCUAGUGCCAUGUCCCUCAUGGGCGCUGAUGUUGAAAUGCUUGCGGAAUACUUUCACUCUACAGUGUGCGAAUCCUGGGCUUGCAUCAUACAGCUAGGACUGGCCGCCUGGAUCCUUCAGACUCAGAUCGGUGUUGUCUGUGUCACACCCAUCAUAAUUGUGGCAGUCUUUACCGUUGCUUCUUUUGUCAUGGGAAAUGCUGUGUCCACUCGACAGAAGACAUGGCUAGAGGCUACAGAGAAGCGCAUCAAUUUCACCAGCCAUGUCCUCGGCUCAAUCAAAAGCGUGAAAUUUCUAGGGCUAACAGAGUUCAUAAAGCAAUCCAUUACAGGGCUGAGAAUUGAGGAGCUUGAGAUUUCCAAGAAGUUCCGCCGAAUUCAAACCGUCCGUGUCUGCAUGAUAAAUCUUCCGACAAUUAUUGCACAGUUUGCUACUUUUGCAACCUAUGCUUUGGUUGCGAAGGUGCAAGGGUCUGAGGGUCUUUCGGUCUCACAAGCCACCACGGCCCUUUCACUGAUAAAUCUGCUAAUCAGUCCUCUCAUGCAUCUAUUGUUGGCAGUCCCAGACACAUUCGCAUCAAUAGGAUGUUUGUAUCGAGUCCAGGACUUCUUGAGACGUCCCAAUAUUGUUGAAAGAAGAAAAUUGCUUCAGCCAGAAGAAGAAACUCCUGCGUCAUCAAUUAAUUCAGCCGAGUUCGAACUCGGGGUUAGGAACAUCUCCUCAGAGAAUCAAUCCGACAUGUUGGUGUCCCUGCAAAAUGCUCGGUUCGGUUGGAAUAGCUCUCCGUCGGACAGUGCCGGUAUCACACUCAAUCUGAGUCCCUCGCCCUUGGGUACUCUAGUUGCGAUUGUCGGUCCUGUGGGAAGUGGAAAGUCCACAUUCCUCAAAGGGCUCGCAAAUGAGACGUCUGUUCUCGAUGGCGAAGCCUUCAUCAAGUACCCCGAUCUGGCUUUCUGUGAACAAACUCCAUGGCUAACUAAUACGACGAUCCGAGAAAACAUCAUUGGAGAGAACACAGCCACUGAGUUUGACCCUAAUUGGUAUUCGACUGUGGUGAGCGCAUGUGCGCUGGAUUCUGAUCUCAAGAAGAUGCCAGCGGGUGAUCAAACGUUCGUUGGUAGCAAAGGAUCUAAACUCAGUGGCGGGCAAAAGCAAAGAAUUGCCAUAGCGCGAGCUGUCUAUGCUCGCAAGCGAAUUGCGUGCUUCGAUGAUACUUUGAGUGCUCUUGAUAAUGCAACUGCUCGACUGGUAUUCAACAAUGUUUUCGGUUCAUCUGGACUGCUGCGUCGACUGGGCUGUACUGUGUUCCUCGCGACUCACAAUGUUCAAUAUCUACCGCAAGCCGACUUCAUAGUCGUACUCGGAGAGAACGGCAAUAUCCUGGAGCAGGGCAGCUUCUCUCAGCUCCUCAGUCAUGCCGGAGGGUAUGUGAGCCGGCUAGGUAUUCGACCAGGGGAGAUCGAGAAAGAAGAGGUGCAGAAUGACAAUGUAAUCGGACUUCCAGAGGCCGAGGAAGUCAUGGAAAGCCGCCCAUCCACCCCGGUUUCUACUGAUGAACGCCGAAAGAUGUCUGAUCUUGCUGCUUACAAGUACUAUUUCUCUGCCAUGGGGUGGAUCCGAGUCUGUGUGUUGACUUUCUUGCUGGUGGUGAAUGGUGGCAUUGGUGGACUCCGCAAUGCUUGGAUCGGAAUGUGGUCCUCUAGCCCCGACAGCGCUUCAAGCUCGGGAUUGGGAUAUUGGCUUGGAAUGUAUGGGGCAUUAUCUGUCAUCGAAGCCGCUUCAAUGGUUCUUGCGGUAUACUGGACCUGGGUCGUGAUUGUGCCGACCGCAUCGAAAAAUGUUCAUGCUACCGUGCUGCAGACUUGCAUGAGUGCCCCCUUGUCCUUCCUAUCUCACGUAGAUACGGGCUCUCUCAUCACCCGUUUCAGCCAAGACAUGAGGCUAGUGGACAUGAUUCUCCCUCGAGGAUUUAUCACCACAGGAUUCCAAAUUGUUGGAACCCUUUCACAAGCCGCGAUUGCCAUAGCUGCAUUGCCAUAUCUGGCUAUAGCCCUGCCCUUCCUGGUUGGGAUGUUAAUCCUAGUUCAGCGCUUUUACCUGCGCACAUCCCGCCAGUUGCGGCUAUUAGAUCCCCCAGGAUUGAACUCAAAAGCCCCCCUAUACACCCAUUUCAUUGAAUCCCUCGCCGGUGUCGUUACCAUCCGUGCCUUUUCAUGGACUGCCGCUUCUAAGUCUAGAAUGCUGUACUUGCUUGAUAGGUCCCAAAGACCCUUCUAUCUCUUGUUAUGCAUUCAGCAAUGGCUCGGCCUGGUGCUAAAGCUCAUGGUGACUGGCAUGACGGUCAUUAUGGUCGGGGCUGCUGUAGCUCUGCGCGGGAAAGUGAGCCCUGGUCUGUUGGGUAUUGCGCUGAUCGGAAUGAUGGACCUGGGAGAAAUCCUCUCAGACUUGAUCCAGAAUUGGACUCUUCUGGAAACAUCAUUGGGUGCGAUUUCCAGAAUCAAGGAGUUCUCGGAAGAUACCCCAAGCGAAGAACAAUAUGCAGCCUAUGAGAAGCUGCCAGACACACAAUGGCUAAGUAGGGGUGACAUCUCAUUCGUUAACGCAGACAUUGCAUAUGAGUCCGAGAACGCAGACCCUGUGCUGCACAGUAUUCGUCUGGAUAUUCGUGCCGGGGAAAAAGUCGGGCUGUGUGGUAGGACCGGAAGUGGCAAGAGCACCCUGGCUCUAUCACUACUCCGUCUCAACGAGGUAGUUUCUGGCCAGAUCCUUAUUGAUGGAGUCGACAUAUCGACGAUUCCUCGAUCGUUGAUUCGGCACCGGAUCAGCUCUCUCAGUCAAGAAGCUUUCUGUUUCCCAGGUACAAUUCGGCAAAACAUCGAUCCCACAAGCGCCGCUACCGAUAUCGAUAUCGUUGAAGCUCUCAAAUGUGUCGAAAUCUGGAAUGCUCUUGUUUCUGCAACGAACAGUGGCGCCAACAGCGGGACGUUGCUAGAUGCAACACUCACUGACACAACUUUAUCUGAAGGCCAAAAACAGCUAUUUUGCCUAGCAAGGGCACUUCUCAAGAAGAGUAAUAUUCUGAUACUAGAUGAGCCGACAAGCAGUCUGGAUGCAGAGACAGAUGCCAGGGUCCAGAAAGUCAUUCGCCAGGAGUUCCAGAACUGCACUAUUAUUAUGGUUGCCCAUAGGGUUCAUACCAUGCUCGACUUUGAUCGAGUUGUUGUUCUGGAGAGUGGUCGAAUCAUAGAAGAAGGACAUCCCUCGGAAUUGCUGGCGAACAAAGACGGCGCGUUCUCAAGCUUGCGCCAUCUGGAGCAGCAACAGGAAGUAAACAGGAGCUUUGAUUGA